UUUCGGAAGUGGGUGUGUGUGUCAGGAUGGAGUCGAGAAUCGUGACGAUUGCUGGUCGAGUCUUGUGGAGUCGCACUCCGGCUUUUUCGGGACUCACGGGAAUGAGACGGGCUUCUUCUGCAGGAUCAUAUUCAAACAUUCUUGUGGAAAAGAGAGGAGAGAAUAAAAAUGUUGGUCUAAUCACAUUGAAUCGACCCAAAGCAUUGAAUGCAUUAUGCAACGCACUGAUGGCGGAAUUGAAAACUGCCAUCAAAGAAUUCGAGGACGAUAAGGCCGUAGGAGCUGUUGUUUUAACAGGAUCUGAAAAAGCAUUUGCUGCUGGAGCCGAUAUUAAAGAAAUGAAGGAUCAGGAAUUCUCAAACGUGUACCAGUCAAAUUUCUUGGGUCAUUGGGCCGAAGUGAUCAAGUCUAGAAAGCCAAUAAUCGCUGCUGUCAACGGAUACGCGCUGGGCGGUGGGUGUGAGUUGGCGAUGAUGUGUGACAUAAUCUUGGCCGGAGAUAGGGCGAAAUUCGGACAACCCGAAAUUCUUCUGGGUACGAUCCCUGGAGCCGGUGGAACCCAACGACUUCCCAGGAUCGUCGGCAAAUCGAAAGCUAUGGAAAUGGUGCUUUCUGGUGAUCCAAUUAAUGCAUUGGAUGCUGAAAAAGCUGAACCGCGUGCGAAUCACAAUUUGCCGAAAUUCGAUCCAAAUCGUGGGGGUUAUUCUUCCAGGGCUGGUCAGCAGAGUCGUUCCAGCGAACGAAUUACAUACGAAACAACUCUGGCGGAAGGUCUGCAUUACGAACGUCGAGUGUUCCACACAACAUUUGCAACUCAUGACCGCAAGGAAGGAAUGACUGCGUUUGUGGAAAAGCGCAAGGCGGACUUCAAGGAUUCCUAA